UUACGGAAUUAAUUGGAAUUUUUUUAACUGCCUGACUGUUGCACAUGGGAUGAUUUCAUUAUAGAUUUGCAAUGUUAUGACAUAUAUGUUCUUAACAAAAUGUGUUUUCUUUUUCCAGGUUGUGUAGUUUGGGAUCAGAUUUAUCAGACAUAUUGCUUGUAGGACAUUGACGGCAGAAACUUGAAAUUUAGUGUGGAGUGCUACCUUAAGGUUGUGUAGUUUGGGAUCAGAUUUAUCAGACAUAUUGCUUGUAGGACAUUGACGGCAGAAACUUGAAAUUAAGUGUGGAGUGCUACCUUAAGGAAAAUGGCAAAAUUAUAUACAAUCGCAUGGCUGAUACUUACCUUUACAGCUAUAAUUGUAUCUGAUAGAGAUGACGGCAACAUGACAUUGUGUUCACCAUUUAAGGCUUUGAUUAUUUGGUCUGCGAAUACUUCGGUUGACAAAAAAUUUGAUAUAUCCCGGUUACAACAAAAACGUUUUGUUGUGGACUUUAUAAAAGCAACCCCGGAUGGAUCACAUAUAUCUGUGAUAUUUGUUGGCAAUAAGAAGUCAGAGUUAAAGUUUAAGAAAACACCAGCAGAUAUAAGUUAUUUACAUAACAUUACAAGUCUUUUCUCGAAAACUUCUAUGAACAAUGAAGUUAAUUAUAAAACAGUCAGUGAUGCAAUGUUUCAUUUCUUUGACCGAAAUGAAAGCCCAAAGUUAUCAGAACAAGUUUUCUUUAUAGCAAAUGAAAACACAAACAUAAACGAUAUAGCAAAGGUUCAGGAAGCUACGAAAAAGAAGAAGAGGUAUGUGGUGAUGUAUGGGAAACAUUAUGGAGAUGUAUGGACUUCUCUUGCUCUGGAUAAAGAACAUAUACAGGUGCUUGGAGAGAAUAACAAUGAUAUUAAAUUGGCUGUAAACUCUGUGAAGAAACAGUCAUGCAAAGACUCCCAACAUGUGUGUAACGUUGAUCAAUACCUGACAGAAGAAAAAGAGCAAAGAUGUUACAGAUGUUCCUAUAUUUGUUCUAAGUUUAGAAAUAUGGACUCCGAAUACUGUAGCCGUAAAUGUCCAUAUUUUAAACGUCUCAAAUUGCAUGAUGAUAACCUGCUAAAGGAUCGUUCCUGGAGUGAUAUAGAUAUCCUUAUCAUUAUCAACACAACUCUAAUAGGGUUGAUAAUAAUAUUCAUAAGGAAUGUAAUUUUCAACCAAUUGAAAAACCUGAGAGAUUUUUUGAGGAAAAAAGUAUAUUAUUUCAAAGGAUUGUUACCAAUAGCACAGGAUGAUGAACCACCAAGUGCUCAACCCCCAGACCAUAAAAACAACAAUGAAUGGUACUACAGAGACCUACAAGGGGGCCUGCAAGGUCCUUUUUUAUCAGCUGCAAUGGCAGGGUGGUUCGAUGCAGGAUAUUUUACCAUGAACUUAUCUAUUCGCAGAGGCUGUGAUGAGCAAUUUUCACAACUUGGUGAACUAAUACAGAGAUGGGGACGAGUACCUUUUCUACCAGGUCCUUCUCCUGCACCACUUAUGGAUGAUGAACCACCAAGUGCUCAACCCCCAGACCAUAAAAACAACAAUGAAUGGUACUACAGAGACCUACAAGGGGGCCUGCAAGGUCCUUAUUUAUCAGCUGCAAUGGCAGAGUGGUUCGAUGCAGGAUAUUUUACCAUGAACUUAUCUAUUCGCAGAGGCUGUGAUGAGCAAUUUUCACAACUUGGUGAACUAAUACAGAGAUGGGGACGAGUACCUUUUCUACCAGGUCCUUCUCCUGCACCACUUAUGAAUGAUAGUAGUCCUGAUAUAUCUCAACAACAACAACAGCAGGAGCAAAUACAGCAAGAGCAAAUACAACAAUCUACUCAUCCACAAGUUCAACAACAACCAAUGUUUAUGAGAUCACCAGAGAAUACUGUCUCACUAUCCUUAAAUCCAUCAUGUAAUCAUUCAAUUUCCACUCAAAAUACAUCUCCAGGAGAGAAUGUGGCAGGUAGUAAAUGCGACAAAGAUCAUCAUACAACAACAAGGCCUACAGAAUGCAUCGUUGAAAUAGAAAGAACAUUUGAGAAAAAAGAGGAAGAAAGAUUAUGUGCUGAGGAAGAAAAAAGGAAAAUUGAAGAGGAACAUCAACAACGUAUUGAAGAGAAAAAGAGAGAAGAAGAACUGGAGAGACAAAAAGAAAUACAAAAACAAGAAAAACAGAUAUCUUAUAAUGAAGGAAGAAAUGAAGAACAAGAUAACCCUGACAAAAAUGAUGAUCGAUUUGGAGAAGCCGUCAUAAACGACAAUCUUGAUUCACCUGCUUUAACAUAUACUCCCGGAAAAGUAGAUGAACUCCGAUAGAUAUGUUCCUGGUGUUUUAGCUCAAAUUUUUUAAAACAAAAUUCAAGGUAUUGCUAGUCAUUUCGUCCUUUCCUUUUGCUGGCUGAAAACUUAUAACAGUGAAUUUAAUUUUUGGCUGGGUUGCACUGGUGCAAACCUAGGUUAUAGUAUGGUGAAUGUCGGGUGGCGGGCGGUGGACGGGCAGGGAAAACUUUUUGUAACAGUUUUCCUAGCAACUACUUAUCACAGCCUCUUCAUAUUUGGCAUACAGCAUGGACAAGUGGUCCCAUAACGUUGGAUUAGAUUUCAUGUCUGUUGCUCAUCCACUUCCUGUUCAUCCACUUCGUUAAAUUUUCGACAUUAAUGGUCAAUGGUAGGAAUUUUUCGUCACAUUUCCUCAGCAACUACUAAUCAUCGCCUCUUCUAUUUGGCAUACAGCAUUGACACAUGGUCCCAUACCAUGGGAUUCGAUUUCAGGUCUGUUGCUCAUUUUUUGACAUUAAUGGUUAAUGGUAGGACAUUUUCGUAACAGUUUUCUCAGCAACUACUAAUCACAGCCUCUUGAUAUUUGGCAUACAGCAUUGACAUGUGGUCCCAUACCGUGGGAUUCAAUUUCAGGUCUAGCGCUCAUCCACUUUCUGUUAAUUGACUUUGUGAAAUUUUCGUCAUUAAUGGUCAUUGGUAGGAAAUUUUCGCAACAGUUUUCUCAGCAAAGACUUAUCAUAGCCUUUUGAAAUCAUGAUAUCUGGUUUACAAAUGCAACCCGGCCUUUUCUGUCUUUGACCCAUAUUUUAUUUGUUGAUUGAUUGUCUUUUAACUUAGACACAAUGCUUUUCCCAAGACUUUCAAGUUCGAAAUCAUGGAUUUUUCUUUUUAUGUGUAUGCAUAAUAAAAACGUAACAAUAUAAUUUCUUAUGAAAUUGCAGGGCUAGCCCUUAGAAAUUUGGUAUGAGACAUCUUGUAGUGAACCUUUACCAAGAUUGUUUGAAUUAUUGAGGUCAAUGUUUGACCUUACCUGGGGGGGCAUUGUUUUCAAUCACUUUAGUGAUGUAUCCUUCAAAAUCAUCUUCUCUAUAACCCUACGGGCUAGAGUUUAGAUAUGUAGCAUAAAUCAAGAUUUUUCAAAUUCUGGCCCUGGGGUUAACAUUGGUCCUUUCCAGGGGGUCCUGAAUUUUACCUUAAUAUACACAGUAAAGGCUGAGAAAUAUCCGAAAGUCAAAAUUUUUAAUGUGGAAGUUUGUAAUGGCUAGUCAUGACCCCUGAUGAUUUUGAGGACAUUCUGUCACAGGUCAAUGUUAGUCUUGUCCAACUCAUAGGUCAAGAAUUUAGUCCUUAAGUUUGGUGUUCAGGUGGAUCAUGUUUAGAAGAUGAACCGUAUUGAUUUAUCGAGCCAGUGUUUGGGAGCAAUAUUUUCACCCAUGUUUUUUAUAUUACAUAACAUAUCAGAAGUUGUUUAAUUAUGUAUGUUAUAUAUUUCAUUUGCAAUUUUAUUUUAUAUAUUUUUGAUACACUGAUAUGAUAUUUUGCCUUAAUGAUUUUUGUAAUAAAAAACUGUGUGGCGUUUUGUCCAUGUUUCUUAUUUAAUUCUACAUUAAAUAUAAAUUGCAUGCAGUACCUUUAAACUUGAUUGUUAGGCUCCGCCUACUUAGUGUACUGACCAUUUGACUUCAUAUUGUUAUACUGUCUUAGAAAUAAACUCAAUAG